CCACGCACAUGCUCAGUUCAGUCCCGCAGCCCAGUCCUGCACCAACACAGGGGGGAGGGGUCCAGCAGCUCUGGAGGGAUCAGUAUUUGGCAGGAAGGCGAGGCCUGGUCCUGGCAGCAGAGUGACAGGCGGCCGUAUAGUAGCAGCCAGCUCCAAAUCUGGCAGUGUGUGGAGAGGGAGGGGGUAAGGGAAGGGAACGAGCGCUGGAGUGUCUGUGCGGAGGGCUUGGAAGUUCAGGGGGAGUGAGGCGGGAGCUGCUCUUCCAUAGCAGCACACACUGUUGGUGACGGAGUCUGACAAAGGAGGGAGGAGGAGGAUUGGGGCAACUGGCCGCAGGGGAGCACUGUGCCGCAGCCAUCACCUGCAGGGGGAUUGGAGGGAAACACAUCCUAUGUGCCCCAGUCCCUGAUGAAAAUGCGGAUAUAGAUGGUUCUCUUUCAUUGUAAAGAAUAACUGUUUUGCUUCAGUAUAAGUGCCACAACUAAAAUGUGAUUUGGCAGUUACAUCUCUUGCAAGGUUUAAUUCUAUCGUGGAGAUUACUGGGAUAGUACCACUUGUUAUGCAAAGUGGUCAUUUGGAUAGAAUAACUAUAUGCACAAUAUUUUUAUGGUCCUGGAGACAAAAGCACAUGCACAUUGGAAUUAAUGGUUAUGGAAUAUAAGUGACUUCUGAUCAGAGCAAUUGAGGGUCGGAGUUUUUCUGAAAGGUGGAAAGGAAGGGGUUCUUUUCCAUGUAGACUGGAAGGACUACAACAAACUUGGAGUGACACUUUUCACCCUAGUUCGGCAGCCCUGCUGCCCUUUAAUACACAGAUGAAUGAAGACUCCAUUUGGAAAGGCGGCCGCUCAGCGAUCAAGAGCUGAUGCAGCACAUGCAGGUGUUUCUGCAAAUAUGAUGAAGAAAAGAACAUCUCAUAAGAAACAUCGAAACAAUAUGGGACCAAGUAAACCAAUCUCCCAGCCAAGGCGAAAUAUUGUAGGCUGUAGAAUACAGCAUGGGUGGAAAGAGGGCAGUGGGCCAAUAACCCAGUGGAAAGGAACAGUUCUGGAUCAAGUACCAGUGAAUCCCUCCCUCUAUCUUAUAAAGUAUGAUGGAUUUGAUUGUGUCUAUGGACUUGAGCUUCACAAGGAUGAAAGGGUGUCUGCUCUUGAAGUUCUACCAGACAGAGUUGGUAAGUGCACAUGUAUGUACACAUGCACACACCUUUAAAGAAUCCUUUACCUACGCAAAAUAAAAAAUAAAUAAAAAAUAAAUAAAUAAAUAAAAAAUGCAACACAGAACACAUGUAAGACUAAGUAACUGAAUCUUGAGAGUGGCUUAGUAGUGUUUUACAAUAUGCCUUUAAUGUAUGUACUCUAUAUACUGUAUGUACUUUAUAUGUACUGUAUAUUCAGUCCCUUAAUUCAUCUUGUGUAGUAAACCCAUCAUACCUGAAUGUUUUAUCAUAUAGUAAACUAGCUGUUCUACGCAUUCUUUGAACAGGAGUUUCUGAUUUUCGUGGUUGUAAAUAUAAAUAAGUGCUA